UUGUGAAAAUAACGCCGUGACCCUUUUUAUUUACAAAGAAUAAUGAACUUCAUUAUUUUCAUUCUAUUGUUUUUUUCCUUUGUUGGAAAAGAAUUGGCAAGUUCUAAUUUAGUGGCAGGUAUCUACAUGAACGGAGAGGGCACAGGAGUCCAGCAGACAGUGAAUGUUUAUUCGCCUCGGGAAAAGCCUGCUAAAGUCUGGACCUUCAACUAUACUAAUACAGAAAUGUCUGAACAUCGUAGAAAUCGAAGCCAAUCAGAAAGUGGCUGUUGUUAAUGGAGCGUCUAAACUGAAAAAUUCAUCCAUCAAAUGGGUGCUGUGUCGUUCACUUUACUCAGCCGAUAUUGUUACGCCAACAGCUGCCCAGUCCAGGGCCUAUGUCGUCCCCACGUUCCUCAUACCGAAGGGCCGAAAAGUAAUUCAAACAUCUCACGUGCUCGUGUCUGCCCUGGAGAGCGACACUACGUUUGAAAUCAAAGGAUCCACGAACUACUACAGAGGUUACAUACCCUUUAAAGGCGGUUCCCAUAAUAAGACACAAAGAUAAUGACUUUAUCCAAGCUUAUGUACUGAUCUUGAGAGAUGAAACCCAUGCCACGGUUAUAGAGUGGAACAACGUUGUACUCGCUGACAGGACGUGCGACUACUUCAGGCUUUCACACUCUCCGUACGUCGCCCUUCGCUGUGCACCGUACCUCCUCAAGUCACAUUAUGGGCUGUUCGAGUCAUUUUACCACUCGCACAUUCGGUUUGCUGUCUAUUUCUACUCGGUCGACGUCUACAACUCCAAAGUCAGCAUAGGUGCAAGGACAGUAGAGUUGGAAAACACGCCCUGCGUGAACUCAGAACCUUUCAUUGAUGACCUCGUGGAUAAUGACUGCGAUGGCUCCAUCGAUGAGGAGAUACACAAUGGCCUGGACGACGACGGAGAUGGCGUUAUUGACGAGGACACAACAAGCGUUUUGCACGAUCCGGGUGACACCAACUGCACUGUCUGGGCGUCUUGGGCCUGUACUGUGGACUGUGAGGCCGUUGGAGUGUGGCACCGUACAAGGAAUUGCACAUCGACACGAUCGCUGUUGUUAAAACCCUUUGAUAUGGAGAGACAAGUUACCAAAACUUGUAAUAUGACAAAAGUACUGUGUCAUGAAGUCGCUGAAAAGGACAAAAAGAAGCAGAAAGGGCCCUGUCCCAGAGGCAGGUGGUCAAAAGACUGUGGCAAACUUUGCCCCGCCCAUUGCAAGGACAAUAAAUGCCGUGUCUUGAGUGGUGCUUGCAUGAGCUGCGUGCCCGGUUACAGAGGGUUCAAAUGCAACAAGGCUUGUCCUGCUGGUCGUUAUGGCUUCCAAUGUCAAAGAAAAUGCCCAGACGAAUGCACGAGGGAGUGCAAUCAUGUGACUGGUUUCUGCGAAGUUUAUGAUUUGUCGUACUGGUGGAUCGUGUCGACCAUUGUGGUGUUGCUGGUGGGUCUGGGGCCGCUGCUCUUCAUGUUCAUGCAGACCACGGACAACGUCCGAAAGCGACAAUUUGAUGAGUACGAGAUGGAAAUUACGGCGCGGGAAGAGGAAAAAGGAGGAAACAGAAAUGGGAAACUGCGAAGAAGAAGUGAAUGAGAACAUCACAACACACGAGGAAGAGGACGAGGCCAAUGCCAACAACAACAACGACAACUACGACGACGACGACGACAAGAACUCCAUGGACUUGUACGAAGUAGAACGUUUCCAAGAGGGCGCGUCGAGACCCAACUUUGCAUCAGGCACUCGACAAUGUGUCGGAAAUGCAGUAAUGGAGGAUUGGUUUGUUGUUGUUUUGUGAUUUGUGUCCGGUUCUUUUUUAGUUGACGGUCUACCAACUGCUGUCGUUUAAGGGAGGCCUUCCACGAAUUUUGUAGUUUAUACCAGGCUUGGAACUGUCACUGGCUAUGGUAAAAGUGUUUCGGUGGUUGUAAUUUGU